CCACCCUUCUACAAGCUGCUCCGUGCAUGACACCGCGUUCUACCGAACAUAUUUCAGCAUAAACACAAGCGGUCAGCAUAGUGCAUAGACAACCAUGGCGAAAGCACGACGGUUCGUCGUCCUCGCGCUCAGGAUCACAACGGCGGCGGCCGCCGGCGUCGCGGCGAUAGUCAUGGCCACCAGCCACAAGACGACCACCGUCUUCGGCGUACAGGUGCAGGCCAAGUUCCAAUACACGCCGUCCUUCGUGUUCUUCGUGGCCGCCAACGUCGUCGCGUGCGCCUACAGCCUCCUCGCCAUCCUCGUGCCGCCGGCGAGCCCCGCCGCGAGGCACGUCCUCGUGGCCGACGCGGUGCUCGGCAUGGUGCUCACCGGCGCCGCGGCGGCAGCGGCUGCCAUAUCUGCCCUCGGGAAGAACGGGAACAGCCACGCCGGCUGGCAGCCGAUCUGCGGGCUAGUACGCACCUUCUGCGACCAUGUCACGGGGGCUCUCGCAUGUGGCUUCGUUGCGGUCGUCCUCCACUUACUCGUCGUUCUCCAUUCCAUUUACACCAUGAACACCUAGGGCGUGUUACCUUUUUGUGCCAUUUGCCGCUGAUUUUCUUGCGUGAAUGAAGAGAAUAAAUUCUAAUACGCGCGCUCUCAGUGACGCAGUUUGUGAUACUGUGAAAUUACUUGCAAAUUUUUAGACUUGAAAUGAUGCUAUUGCUUUGGUACAACUAAAGCUUCAUCGACC